UCAUGUACACACACAACAACAUGCCGAAGAACAAACCAGCAUGCGUGCUUAUAUACGCGUAACCAGAAUAACGGUGGGAGGUAACGGUAAAAGUAACUUUCUAUCGCCUCUUCCGGUGUCCCACUUCGGGUUUCUCUCGCUUUAUCAGGAUUAUGACCGUGAGCCUUCAAGUAAACCAACAAUCAGAUAAUAAAUGCGAACUUUAAACUUUCUCGGCUGGCUGGUCCUCUGCACCCUCGAGGUGUCAAAUUCAUUUGUGCAAUAGUGUUCAGAGUUAGCUCGAGCAGCUCCAGUGGAUGUGCGCGAUGCGUGCGGAGGAGUCGUGUGAUAUUGUGGUCGUGGGCGCGGGCCUGUCCGGACUCAGCGCGGCGCGAGAUCUGCAGAGAAGAAAUAAACAACUCAACGUGUUGGUGCUGGAGGCCAAAGAUCGUGUCGGUGGACGGACUUUAGGUGAAAAUGUACCUGCCGCUGAUGGCAUGGACCUCUGGGAUAUGGGGGGACAGUGGGUUGCCAGCUCACAGACCCAUGUUAUGGAGCUUAUAAAAGAACUUGGCGUUGAGGUCUACCCACAGUUCACCGAGGGCAAGAAGGUGCAUCACAUGGGCGGCCCACGCGCCAAGAUCAAAACUUACACUUCUAGCAUCCCGUCGUAUUCUCCUCUGGUUAUGUUGGAUUUCCUCCAGUUCCUCUGGCGGAUUGAUAGACUCACUAAGACCGUAUCAGUAGAAGACCCAAUGAGUUCUCCUGAUGCUCAGCUUUAUGACAGCAUGACAUUUCAAUCCUACAUGGAACAACAUGUGUGGACAGCAGAGUUAAAAGAGGAGAUGGCCUUGUGCAGCCGUGCCGUGUUUGGCAUGGAACCCUCGCAGAUGUCCUUCCUCUAUUUUCUCAUGUACUCCAAUGCAGCAGGGGGCGCCCUAAAACUUUUAGAGGCCACACCUGGUUCAGCACAGGAGUUCAGAGUCAAGGGGGGCACUCAACAGCUGUCAGAGAAACUGGUGGAGCAGAUCGGAAAGGAGCGGGUUCGACUGGGUUCCGCAGUAAUGACCAUAUGUCAGAAUGCAGAGAAUGUAGAAGUUAAGACUUCUGCAAGCACAAUCACUUGUCAGGCCGUCAUUGUUACCUGUCCUCCACACAUGGCAGCCCAAAUCCACUACGAGCCCCCCCUGCCAGCCGAGCGCCAGCGUCUCGCCCAGUGCGCACCCGUCGGCCACAUGCUGAAGUUUAUCAUCACGUAUCCCACCGCGUUUUGGAGGAACAAGGGAUUCUCUGGGGAAAUCGUGACUCGUCCCUCUGAGGAUUGCCCUUUAAGCGUCACAUUUGAUGCCACCAGCCCCAGAGGCAAUCCUGCACUUGUGGGGUUCAUCGCUGGCGUACAAGCACGUGACUGGUGUGGAAGAGAGAUGAAGGAGAGAAGAGCUGCUGUCAUUUCCAGUCUGGUGAAGUAUCUCGGCCCUGAGGCGUCCACCUACAUUCACUACCAGGAGAAGGACUGGGCCAAGGAGGAAUACAGUGGAGGAUGUCCUGUGAAUGUGAUGGCCCCCGGGAUGCUAACGUAUUACCACCCCAGUCUUCGAAAGCCCUUCGGCAGGAUUCAUUGGGCAGGCACGGAAACAGCGACCCAGUGGUGUGGCUACCUCAGCGGGGCGAUUCAGUCUGGUCAGCGGGCAUCCGUAGAGGUCCUGGCUCAGAUCAGUCCAUCCACUCUGUCUCAGGAAGAGCUAUUGGCAGCACGGGCUUCUCAGAUAUCCCGUGACCUGAAAAAGAAUUCCGAAUGCAGGUCGUCUACCUCGUGCCGCAUCCUGGCUGUGGUUAUGACUGCAGCUACACUGGUGACUGCUUACCUCUUGGCCAGGCCCCAACUGGGACUCGAAUGGAUUUGAUGGGAUUUGCUUCUUUUUUUGGAAAUGCCACUAAUUUGUGUCCUGGAAGACGUGGUAAUUUAGAGCUUACAUUAAAUCGGGAUGGUUGGGGAACAUUGAUUGUAGUUCAAUUUAAAAAAUGAUUCUGUCAUUAAAUUCUCUGCAUCCAUGUUGUUUCAAAGCCUUACGUUAUUUCUACCAUAGAAAAUAAAGGAGACAUAAGAGUCAUAUGCAGUUUAAAUGAGCUUUGUGCUAAAAUUAAAAUUGUUUAUGUAACCAGACUGAAAUGUAAGUCGCUAUUCACUGAAAACGUGCAGCUAUCAGAUCAAAUGUGGUUUGACAUCAGUGAGGUUUGGGCACUAGACACCUGUCGACCAAUGACUUCAGAUGUAAUUGACAUCCAAUAAACGGGAUUUAAUCGGUUGUGUUCAGAGGACUCAUAAUAGCACGCUAGUAGUCAUAGGGAAUAGUUUUUGUUGUUGUUUUCUAUCCUUUCAGGAGUUUGACAAAAAUGUCAUAUAAACAAUUGUAUUCAAAAAAGCUAUGUGAAGAUUCUCUUUUUGUGUCACUGAAGCAAAAAACAUACCAACCUGAUCUCACGGGAAUUGUAACUAUUUUACAACGUGGGUAAUUUGUAUAAAACAGUACUAUGUGAAUCACACAAAAACGUAUGAUUAUUAGAAAGAAACAAUACUGAAGCCCUCCCCUAAACCUAACCUCACUAGGAUGAAAGCGAACUGUACUAAAACAUACCAAUAAAAUCAUACAAAUUCAUACACUAGCCACCUCGUAAUAGUGAGGUUGCGUAAUAAUGACUUAGUCAUCCUUAGUAUUAAUUUAGUGUUAUACAGUAUGUCUACUAUAUAAUAUAGUAUUAUACGAUGAUUUUAUGUGACUAAGAUGAAUGAUGAAUGUGAAUCAUUACAUUUCUAUAUUUAAUCUUUAAAGCUGCUUUUGAAACUGUGCUGUAUUAUUAUUAGGUGAUGUGUGUAAGAGGAGUAUGAAAGAUCAAAGCAGAGAAUUGAAGCAGACACACUGUGAGCUGUAAACGUUAUUGUCAUGCACAGUAAGUGCCUCUCUGUUUGUCAAGCCUGUGGGACAUCUCAAUUUGUCCCGGUGCUUUAGAAGAAUAAAAUGCUCGCGGAUGCUCAACUUUGUCAAGG